AAAAAACUGUCAUUAACCCAAUUUUGUUUGAGUUCGACGAUUUUUAGUCGUGAUUUGUAUUCGUAAAGGAAGCUAAUUAUUCUAAUAUAAACACACAAGUUUUGUUAUACCAUGGCACGGGAUAGAAGCCCCGAACGUCGACGAUCACGAUCAAAAGAACGGAGAGACCGAGACCGCCAUGACGACCGAGACACUUACCGGGACAAAACCAAGCGUGCCGAGAGGACCCGCAGCCCCCGCAGAGACAAGGACAAGUCCCGGAGCCCCUCCAGGAAGGACAAGGAGCGCCCCGCGAGCCCCUCCCGCAAGGAACGCGACCGCUCGAGGAGCCCAUCCAAAAAAGACAGGGCAAAAAGUCCGAGGAAAGAUAGAGACCGAUCCAAAAGCCCCAAGAAGCGAGAUGGCAAAGAAAAAGACAAGGAUAGGCGACAUGAAGAUAAGAAACUCGAAGAAGAUGAAAAACAAGCUGACCUGAAGAAAGAAGAAGAACCAAAGCCAGUGAAACGUGAGCCAUUGUCGCUGGAAGAGUUACUAGCUAAGAAGAAAGCUGAAGAGGAAGCCAGGAGUAAGCCAGUGUUCUUAACUAAGGAGCAGAGAGCUGCUCUAGCAUUAGAGAGACGAAGAGAACAAGUGGAAGCUAUUAGAGCUAAUGUUGACAAGCCGGCUAUAGCCACUAUUGAUCUUACUGGCCCAUCAAGCUCUAAAAGAGAAGAUGAUAGAAAGUUGAGAGAGGAAAGAGAAAGGGAGAGGGAGCAGGAAAGAUACAGAGAAAGGGAAAAGGAGAGAGAAAGAAGGUAUGAAGAACGGAAAGCAGCAGCAUCUGGUGGGCGAGAUGACAAAGGUGGGAAAGAUAAAAAUGAUGAUCAAAAUAAAACUAAAGACAAGGAGAGAGAAGAAGAGGCAAUCAAAGCCAGAUAUUUAGGUAUUGUUAAAAAGAAGCGCAGGGUUCGCAGGUUGAAUGACAGGAAAUUUGUCUUUGAUUGGGAUGCUUCUGAGGAUACCUCAAAUGACUACAAUAACUUAUAUAAAGAAAGACAUCAAGUACAAUUCUUUGGGAGGGGACACAUUGCUGGCAUUGAUAUUAAAACACAAAAGAAAGAUCACACAAAAUUUUAUGGUAAUCUAUUGGAAAAAAGAAGAACUGAACUGGAGAAAGAACAAGAAAAGCUCCGCCUCAAGAAAGUCAAGAAGAAGGAAGAUAAACAAAAAUGGGAUGAUCGUCAUUGGUCUGAAAAAGAUCAAGAUGAAAUGACAGAGAGAGAUUGGCGUAUAUUCAGAGAAGAUUACAAUAUAACCAUCAAAGGUGGAAGGAUUCCAAACCCUAUAAGGAGUUGGAAGGAGGCCAAUUUCCACAGUGACAUCAUGGACAUCAUCAACAAAGUUGGAUAUAAAAGCCCUACUCCAAUCCAGAGACAAGCCAUUCCCAUUGGGUUACAAAACAGAGACAUCAUUGGUGUAGCUGAGACUGGUUCUGGUAAGACUCUGGCCUUUUUGAUCCCCCUUCUUACCUGGAUUCAAUCCUUGCCAAAGACAGUGCGUUUAGAAGAUGCUGAUCAAGGACCCUAUGCUAUCAUCCUGGCUCCAACACGUGAAUUGGCGCAACAAAUUGAAGAGGAGACAAAUAAAUUUGGAGUUCCACUUGACAUCACUUCAGUAGUAGUUGUGGGAGGGUUGUCCAGAGAAGACCAAGGCUUCAAACUCAGGCUUGGAUGUGAAAUAGUUAUUGCUACUCCUGGUCGUCUGAUAGAUGUGUUAGAAAACAGAUACCUUGUUCUAAACAGAUGCACAUAUGUGGUACUUGACGAGGCAGACCGUAUGAUUGACAUGGGUUUUGAACCAGAUGUGCAGAAGAUACUGGAAUAUAUGCCUGUCUCCAACAUCAAGCCUGACUCCGAUGCUGCAGAGGAUGCCUCCAUAUUGCUUGCUAACUACAAUUCUAAGAAGAAGUUCAGGCAAACUGUGAUGUUUACAGCUACUAUGCCUCCGGCUGUUGAGAGAUUGGCUAGAACGUAUUUACGACGACCGGCAAUAGUUUACAUUGGUUCUAUUGGCAAGCCAGUGGACAGAACAGAACAAGUCGUGUUCAUGAUUGGCGAAAACGAGAAGCGCAGAAAGCUAACAGAGAUCUUGCAGCGCGGUGUGGAGCCGCCUAUUAUUAUAUUCGUCAAUCAGAAGAAAGGUGCGGAUGUGCUCGCUAAAGGUUUGGAGAAGCUUGGUUUCAACGCUUGCACAUUGCACGGUGGUAAAGGGCAGGAGCAGCGAGACUUCGCGUUGGCGAGUCUCAAGAACGGUUCUAAGGAUAUUCUGGUGGCGACCGACGUUGCCGGUCGUGGUAUAGACAUCAAGGAUGUCAGCGUGGUAAUCAAUUACGAUAUGGCGAAGACGAUUGAGGACUACACCCAUCGUAUCGGGCGUACCGGUCGUGCUGGCAAGACUGGUAAAGCCGUGUCCUUCGUGACCAAGGAAGACUCGGCGUUGUUCUAUGACCUGAAGCAGGUGCUGUUGGCCUCGUCCGUGUCCACGUGUCCCCCGGAGCUGAUGAACCACCCCGACGCGCAGCACAAGCCCGGCACCGUUGUCACCAAGAAAAGGCGGGAGGAAAUGAUAUUUGCCUAA